AUGUAAGGCGUUCCACUCUAGACUUUCACAUCUGUAUAUUAAUAAUCAAUUCCAUCCAAUCAAUAAAUACGAAGAAAAAGGACAAAAACUGAAAAAAGAUAAAAAAAUAAAAAAAAAAAAAAAAAGAUGGAAACCCAAACAAGCAAAAAAAGGGGAGACAAAUGGAUCCGAAAGCAAAGAGGGCAAUGUGGCGUUAACCGCUCUGCCUCUGCCAUAACCAUGAAAAACUCCUUCAACACCUCAAAAACCUCAACUCCUCGAUAUCAGCAACCACCAACUUUCCAUCCUCCGCCGCCCCAAUUCUCUUUGCUGUAUUCCCUCCUACCGUAGCUCUAUUAUACACGAAGCUCCAUAAUCUGAUUAUUCCCAGAAAUCCCUAAUUAUAUUUGUGGCCAAUUCAUCUUCUCGUGUUCAGAUCAUGGAUUUUGAGACCCUGAAAUUUCUGUCAAGCCCUCUUCCUCUUUUUUUCACCGGUUAUUUGAUCCUCUACCUCAUUGCUUAUUUCAUCAUUUUCCGGUCCUGGGCAAGAAGGCUACGCCCCGAAGCUUCCAGCUGCGCCAUAUCCCUAGCUCAUGGCACUCCGGCAGUGUUCUUGGCCUUUCGUGCCAUUCUCUUUGACUCAGCACCGGAUUUCCACUCUCAGAACACCCCGUUCCAAAGUCUCGUCCUGGAUUACAGCAUUGCCUAUUUCUUUAUGGACCUUGUCCAUUACUUAAUCUUUUACCCCACAGACGUUCUCUUCAUCGGCCAUCAUUUAGCCACUCUCUUCGUGUUUUUGACCUGCCGCUACGUUGUUUAUCAUGGGGCUUGCGCCAUUCUCGUGCUUUUGAUUUUGGCCGAGGUGACGAGCUUGUGCCAGAAUGUCUGGACUCUCGCCAGCGCCAGGAGAUCGGAUGUGAAAUUUGCUGCCAAAUUGUAUGAUUUCCUGUCCCCUCCGUUUUAUGCUUUGUACUCUGUCGUCAGGGGUUUUUUGGGACCUUAUUUUGUGUACCGAAUGUUGGUAUUCUACUCGAGUGGGGCUGCGGAUAGCGUGAUACCGAAAUGGGUUUGGAUUUCAUGGGUUUUUGUUGUCUUCACUGCGAUUUCUGUUAGUAUAUUGUGGAUUUCGAAUCUUUGGAUUCAGAUGUACAGAGAAAAGAUGAAGAAAGUCGAAAAGAAAGUUUCAUAAAUGCUGAAAAAAGAACAAAAGUUCAUUCUUUUCAGGUGUUUAAUGCUCCUAUAUUGUAUUCUAUGUAAUGUGUGAGAAAAGUAUGUGAAUGCAAAAUCAUUCUCGUUCUGUUCUUGCAAUAAGAAUGUGGUGAUUGUGUUUUAUGUUGGAUGAUUA